AUGGAGUCAGGAGGCAGCAAGGCCACAAGUGGAGCUAGAAAUGGAAGUGGGAAUUCCUUGACAGCCUCAAGAAGCAGAGGAGACCGCCCACUCCUCUCAUCCACCGGAGGCAGAGGGAUUUCAAUGUUGCUGGGGAAAUUGCUCACCGAAAACAGAGUGGCACUGGCAAAGGCAGCAGGGGCGGCUCGAUACGCUUGGGGAGGCUAUGGAGAGGUCAACGUUCAACCAACGGAGACACAGAAUCUCUUCAUCUUCACCUUCAACAACGAGGCAAUUAGGGAGAAGAUAUGGAGGGACAGGCCAUGGAGUCUAUCUAACACUCUAACGGCAGUUGAAAAGUACAAUGGAAGAGGGAAACCAGAAGAAGUUCCCAUUGAGAAGGUUGCUAUGUGGGUGCAGAUCCAUGGCAUCCAUCAAAAUCAGAGGAGCGAGGAAAACAUGGUGGCGAUAGGGACUCACUAUUUCCCAGGAAUGCUCGAUCUGGACAGAGCUAGCUUGGCUUUCACAGGGUACAGGAAGUUCCUAAGGAUCCUGGUUGAGGUCGACAUUGAGGAACCAGUACCUAUUGGUUUCGAUUUCCCAUUCACUGAUGAAAGAACGGGUGAAGAUUACUGCGAUGUUAUCGAGUUCAAGUAUGAGAGGCUGGUGGAGCUUUGUUAUUUCUGUGGAAGAGUCGGCCAUAAUUGGCCGACUUGUUGGAGGAUGAACGAAGAAAGGAGGAGGAAUGGUGUAGCGUACCUGUCGGAGGUAUACACCUCGGCUCUGAAGGCAGGCAUAGACUCGCCCCACAGAAUCCAAUCCAGCAAUUACAGAGGCAAGGAAGGGGAAGGGGCACAGAGCUGGUCGAAAAGAGGGGAGAUGGCGACCUCGGGAAGUCGGAGUAGAAUGGUAAGGGAAGAGGGAAGCGCUUCGACCGACUCGGAGGGCAGAAUCUCGGAAGGGAAUUGUCGAAUUCCCCCAGGGUUUACAGUGAGAAGGCUGGAGCAGGAGGUCCUAGAAGAGGAGGAAAGAGGCUCGAGGGGAAGGUGGGGAGGGAGAUACAGAGACUCGAUGGGGGCGAACAACCUGAUCUCGGAGAUGAACAGAGCGGCGGCGGCGAUGGAGGGUGGAAUGCGACUGGAGGAAGAAAGGGCCGACCAGGAGGUGGAGAGGGCCGAACAGGAGGGGGUUUGGAGCCCAGUGAGAGUGGAGACAGCCUUGUCUCUUGGGCCUAGGCCCCGCCAGCCGAAAAUUAAAGGCCAAAGCCCAACGCAAGCUGGAUCAGAAGGUAUUAGUGAAUACCAACAUAUCCAAGAUGGGAGGGAGGAGGAACUGGGCCGAAAGCAGAAAAAAAGAAAAGGAAUGGGCCUGUUGUGCAGUCUCAGGCCCAGUGAUGUGGUAAGGGAAGAGGAGGUGAUUUUCGAUGGGUCAACAGGAGGUUUUGAAGUGGGUGGGCCGGGGUCUGUUCCUUGA